AAGAAACUGAGUCUGGUCUCUCUCUUCAUCUCUGGUGGCAGAAUUCAGCCAAUCGUACGUAAGCGGUAUCUCACUUGUUCUCUAUUGUUGUUGUCGCUAUCAGAUCUCGUCAUUCUGUUGUUGUGGCUUAACUGCAUGCAAUUGUUUUGUUGUUGAUUGUGUAAACACCUUUGGUCGGAGUUGUUCCCAUGGAUAAAGCUUGGGUCUGGUUACCAAGGAAUAGCCUUGAGUAUGAGGAAGGAGCAACUAAGUUUGUGCUUGAUGCAACAAGUUGUUUGGGUAAUGUAUUAGCUAUGUUCUGUCCUUGCGUUGAUUGCCGGAAUGUGGUUCAUCAGUCAAAUGAGACAGUGUUGGAGCAUCUAGUGAUUAGAGGGAUGGAUCUUAAGUACAAGAGAAGCAAAUGUUGGAGUAAACACGGGGAGAUAAGUGAUAAGACAACAGAUGUUCAUGCGUCUGAAAAUGAGGCUUAUGACUUGUUUAGGACAGCUUUUAUGGAAAGCGAGGGCAAGCAAUCAUCUCAGCAGAAUAAUGUAGAAGAGUCUGAAACAGUAGAGACAUUAGGUACAUUAGCAGGAUGUAAGGUGAAGGGGAAGCAAGCUUGUAAUGUUUGUGGGAAGGAUACACCUCACAGAUGGUUAAAGUUCAGUCGCAAGCAUGUUUAUAUGGGAAACAGAAGGCCUUUGAGGCCUGAUCAUCCUUACAGGCGUAGGAAAGUUUGGUUUGACAAUACAGUUGAGCUUGGUAUUGCAGUGAGUCGUAUCUGCAAUUUCUUCAAUAGAUUGUGCCAACGUGUAAUUGAUCCAGAGAAGCUUGUUACAUUAGAAUCAGAGGUUAUAGAAACAAUGUGCCAGUACAUGAAGACACUUAAGGCAUAUGUGAAGAAUUUUGCAAGGCCAGAAGCUUGUAUGGCUGAGGGCUACUUGGCUGGUGAAUGCAUUGCAUUCUGUUUGGAGUUCCUCCAGAAAUCUGUUCCAGUACAAGAAACUCUUAAUCGUAAUGAAGAUCUUGAAGCAGAUCAACAAAUUCUUGAAGGCAGACCACUACAUAAAGCUACAGAAAAGACUCUUACAGAUAAAGAACGAGACAUAGCUCAUCGGUAUAUUCUCAUGAAUACAGCAGUCAUGGAACCAUACAUUGAGUUCCCACAAUGGAUCAAAGAUAAGAUACCAAGUAACUCAAAAGAUCAUUCUAGUAGACUGAGAUGGCUUGCAUUUGGACCAAGACAUAUUGCUCAAAGUUACAAGGGGUAUAUAAUUAAUGGUCAGCGGUUCCACACUGAUGAUGUCAAGAGGAAAACCCAGAAUAGUGGAUAUCAUGUGCCUGUACUGCUAGAUGACUGGAGACAGCUUGAUCAAAGGACAAAAGAUGUUAUGUGGGAAGAAAUUCAGGGGAGGUUUAAUUUAAAAGAUGAUUGGCAGAAAGAAUCAGUAUUUAAGCAAAUGGGUGGUCUGUGGAGGGCUGCCAAAUCCAAGCUUGUUACCAAAGUGAGAUCUACUAAAAGCAAAGUUGCUCUACAGCAACUGAAGCCUAGCAACGUCCAAUGUACAUCAGCCUGGAACAGUUGGGUUAAGAACAAAAACACAGCAGCUUUUAAGGAACGAAGUGAGAAAUACAGGCAACUGAGGAAGGGUCAAAUUCCUCAUACUACAAGCCGCAAGGGAAUGACUCGCUUAGCUGAUGAGAUGAAAAAAAACAGUUCUGAUCCUAGAAAAGUUACUAGAAGUAAGGUGUGGAUAGCAGGACAUACACAUUCUGAUGGGAGACCUGUGAGGGAAGAGUUUGCAGAAACUAUUGAAAUGAUCAAGACCAUUGAUAGUGAAAUGGACUCCACCACAUCCACGGAUAAUGUUAGGGAAGAUGCUGUGAGUCAGAAUCUUGAAGCUUCUCAAGCAGAAUUGAAAAGUAAGCUUGAAAGUUUGCAGAAUCUGGUUAGUAACUUAGCUAGUAAAAAGAGACAGACUAAUGAUGUUUCCAUGUCUGACUUAAGCAAUGUUAGCAAAGGAGGUGUUAGGUGCCAGCUUCUUGAUUGGUGUUCAAAUGUUGAGGUGGUUGUUGGUGAAGGAGAAUUCUGCUCCAGUGAACACACAUAUAAGAUUGGUAGAAUACCAUUGGGUCGCAAUGCAGCUGCUGUACUUGUGAAGUCCACAACAGUUAUACAUGCAUCUGUCUGGAGACCUACUCCAACCAUUUUCACACUUAAUGAAGCUGUUGGACAUAAAAUUGCAUGGCCACUUGACAAGAUUAUAUUGGAUGAGGAUAUUAACUUGUCCCAACCUACUAAGUCUGUCGAAUCAGAGCAGCCAACAGAUGAAUCACUAGGAAGAAUUAAAAUCUUUCAGUAUUGGAGUGGAGAUGAUGAUUUGAUUGCUGAAGGUAUGUUGUUGUCAACUGACCAUAAUGAAUUGGUGGAUGGUAGACCUCUGGGACAUGGUGCUGCAGUUGUUAAGGUCCUGGAGGUGGUUAAACCUGAGGCUUAUCUGUGGAGACCAAAUCCUCCAAUCUCAUUGAUGAGUGAUGCACUAAAUGAGACCAUCGCAUGGCCUAUUGAUAGAAUACAACUCCUUGAUGUACCUGCAAAUGAUGAAUCAACCAGAAAAUCACCUCAAAGUGCAACUACUCCCAGUUCUACUACUCCCAGCACUGCUAGUAGCAAAGGUGCUAAGCAGAAGUGUUUUCUAUUAGAUAUUGAUAACACUGGGCAGAGAGUUGCAAUAGGUCGGGUGUCUUCAACUGAUCCAGCAGAGAAGGUCCAUCACGUCCCUUUAGGUGCCAACGCUAGCAAGGUCUGGGUAGAGGUUUCCAAGGUUGAGGGUGCACGAGUGUGGAGAGCAAAUUCUGAAGUUAAAUUCAUUGCUGAUGCAGUAGGAACCACUGUGGCUUGGCCUAAUGACAAGAUUAUAUUCAUGUGAUUUGAGUUUUAGUACUUUUGAACUAAGUGUUUAAAAAUGUAAAACUUAUGUUUGACUCUUUUGGAACAAAUAAUUAAUGAAGUAUUUGAUAAAAU